AUGGCUGAGAAGAUGGGUGCGUCCCAUACGCAGAGUGUGGAACAUUCACUCCACCAUGUUGAUACCCUCGAGACGGCACCGCCGAUGGAGCACAUUGCCGAGUUGCAAGAGGCUUCGCAUAUCAACCUCACGUGGCGGUCAUGGGCAGUGGUCUUCUGGUCUUGCUUUGCCAUCAUGGCACAGGUAAACAUCUUGCCCGAGACAAUGUCCGCCAUCUCAUAUAUAUACAAGCUGAUAGGUGAUUUUGGGCAGGUCUUCGUCGUCGUCGCCGCCGGCUCCGUCAUCGCCUUCAUCAUCCGCGACCUUGGAGAUGCCAGUCUAGCCGGCUGGAUCAUCCAAGGUCCACUACUCAUGCAAUCCGUCCUAUCUCCCGUCGUCGGCCGACUCUCCGAUGUCCUGGAUAGGAAGUACAUCGCCAUCAUCCCUCCCCUCAUCGCUUUCAUCGGGGCUUGCGUUUCUGCUCGCGCGGAGAGCAUGACGGUGCUCAUUGUGGGUGGGGUGCUGAUUGGGACUACGCUGAGCACCAUCUCCAUUGUGCAGGCGAUCCCGGCGGAGGUUCUUCCGUUGAAGUAUAGGGCUUUGGCUAAUGGGUUUGCGUUUGUGGGUGGGGCUGUUGGGGGGCUUGUUGGUAGUCUGGGAGCGGGUGGUGUUACGAAUGCUAAUCCGGCUGGGUGGAGGAAUAUCUUCUGGAUGCAAGCUGCUUUCCACCUCGCCACGACCGCCGGCCUCUUCGCCUUCUACUGGCCGAAGAAGAAUCCGAACCGUGAGCGCAUGAGCUUCAAACAGAUUCUGUGGGCUAUCGACCCGAUCGGAAGUGUUCUGUUCAUCGGCGCCGCUACGAUGCUAUUGCUUGCUCUCGACUGGGCAGGUGGCGCCUACGCAUGGUCAGACGCUCACGUCGCAGCCCCUCUCGCCAUCGGCUUCGCUCUCCUCCUUGCCUUCUGUCUCUACGAAUGGAAGGGUCGCACCGACGGCAUGGUCGCGCACGUCUUCUUCAAGGGCUCACCAAACUUCGCUCUAUCUUGCUUCGCUUUCGCGGUCGAAGGCUGGAUCUUCUAUAGUGCCGUCAAUAGCUACACACCGCAGAUAGUGCUGAACCUAGGAUUCGAGACGAAUAGUUGGGUCAUCAGCUUGAGGCAGCUGGCUUAUAACUUGACGACUCUGUUGGCGAGCAUACCUAUUACUCUGUACGCGACAAGGCAGAAAGAUCUCAAAUGGCCGCUCAUCGUCACCUUCACCAUCUUCCUAAUCGUGGUCAUCUUAUACGGCUGCAUAACACCAAGCUGGAACCAUGCACAAAUCGGCAUCAACGUGCUAAGUGGCCUUGGACAGUCUGGACCACUGACACUUCUUGUGGCACUGAUCCAAUUCACAGCACCACAUGCCUACCUCAGUACAGCUACUGGUCUUGGCUUCUCCGCCCGCGCUAUCGGUGGAGCUUUCGGAUCAGCUGUACUCGAUGCCAUCUCGAAUGGCAAGCUGAAGAAGACGUAUGCGCCUCAAGUCUCUGCUGCUGCUGAGGGAGCUGGACUACCGCCUUCUUCUGUGCCGGCACUAGUGGCGGCGUUUGGCACGGGCAAGGGCUUCGAUGAGAUUCCUGGUAUCACUCCUGCUAUACUUGGGGCGGCUGCUAAUGCCAGUCACUGGGCUUAUACGCACGCUUAUCGACUUGCAUGGUGGUCGAUCUUACCUUUUGUGGUGGUUGCACUGAUAUCGGUUGCAUGUCUCAAGGACGUUAGUGCACUGAUGACGGAGAGGGUCGAGGCGACGGUUGAGCAUGUUCAAGAACUACCGGGUAAAGAGGUUCCCUAA